AGUAGUAGUAGUAGUAGUAGUAGUAGUAGUAGUAGUAGUAGUAGUAGUAGUAGUAGUAGUAGUAGUAGUAGUAGUAGUAGUAGUAGUAGUAGUAGUAGUAGUAGUAGUAGUAGUAGUAGUAGUAGUAGUAGUAGUAGUAGUAGUAGUAGUAGUAGUAGUAGUAGUAGUAGUAGUAGUAGUAGUAGUAGUAGUAGUAGUAGUAGUAGUAGUAGUAGUAGUAGUAGUAGUAGUAGUAGUAGUAGUAGUAGUAGUAGUAGUAGUAGUAGUAGUAGUAGUAGUAGUAGUAGUAGUAGUAGUAGUAGUAGUAGUAGUAGUAGUAGUAGUAGUAGUAGUAGUAGUAGUAGUAGUAGUAGUAGUAGUAGUAGUAGUAGUAGUAGUAGUAGUAGUAGUAGUAGUAGUAGUAGUAGUAGUAGUAGUAGUAGUAGUAGUAGUAGUAGUAGUAGUAGUAGUAGUAGUAGUAGUAGUAGUAGUAGUAGUAGUAGUAGUAGUAGUAGUAGUAGUAGUAGUAGUAGUAGUAGUAGUAGUAGUAGUAGUAGUAGUAGUAGUAGUAGUAGUAGUAGUAGUAGUAGUAGUAGUAGUAGUAGUAGUAGUAGUAGUAGUAGUAGUAGUAGUAGUAGUAGUAGUAGUAGUAGUAGGAGGAGGAGGAGGAGGAGG